AGCCGUUUAGGCUGAAGCCGAAUUAGGUCGAGCAAGCGAACCUCGCGCCAGCAACCUCCCUUUGCACCAAAACUUCGGAGCGAUGGGUGUGCGGACAGGCAUGGCCGGGGGCUCCGCCUGGCUGGUUGCCGUGGCCGCCCUGUGGCUGCCCGCGCUCGCGCGCGCAGAGGCCAGGCCCCGCGAGGCGGGCGCCAGCACGGCAGCGGAGAGCGCGUCGGGGGCUGCUGCGCGGCAGGCGGCCGUGGACGCGUCCGCUGCGAUGAGGAAGGCGCAGGAGCUGAGCGCCAGCGCCCAGCGUCAGAUGGCGGCGGCGGCCGCCGAGAAGUCGGAGGCGGAGAAGGAGCUGCAGGAUGCGAAGGCCGCGACUAGCCAGGCCAAGGCUCUGGACAGCAAGGACGCGAAGGCGGUGGCCGCUGCUUGGGCCGCCCAGAAGAAGGCAGAGGAGGAUGCCAAGGCCGCCGAGGCCGCCGCGGACGAGAAGGCUGCGGAGGCGGUUGCGGCGCUGAGGAAGGCCCGGGAGCUGAGCGCCAGUGCCCAACACGAGAUGGCCAGCGCCAGCGCCGAGAAGUCGGAGGCGGAGAAGGAGCUGCAGGAUGCGAAGGCCGCGACUAGCCAGGCCAAGGCUCUGGACAGCAAGGACGCGAAGGCGGUGGCCGCUGCUUGGGCCGCCCAGAAGAAGGCAGAGGAGGAUGCCAAGGCCGCCGAGGCCGCCGCGGACGAGAAGGCUGCGAAGGCGUCUGCGGCGCUAGAGAAGGCCCGGGAGCUGAGCGCCAGUGCCCAACACGAGAUUGCCAGCGCCAGCGCCGAGAAGUCGGAGGCGGAGAAGGAGAUGCAGGAUGCAAAGGCCGCGACUAGCCAGGCCAAGGCUCUGGACAGCAAGGACGCGAAGGCGGUGGCCGCUGCUUGGGCCGCCCAGAAGAAGGCAGAGGAGGAUGCCAAGGCCGCCGAGGCCGCCGCGGACGAGAAGGCUGCGGAGGCGUCUGCGGCGCUGAGGAAGGCCCAGGAGCUGAACGCCAGCGCCCAGCACGAGAUGGCCAGCGCCAGCGCCGAGAAGUCGGAGGCGGAGAAGGAGAUGCAGGAUGCGAAGGCCGCGACUAGCCAGGCCAAGGCUCUGGACAGCAAGGACGCGAAGGCGGUGGCCGCUGCUUGGGCCGCCAGAGAAGGCAGAGGAGGAUGCCAAGGCCGCCGAUGGCCGCCGCGGGACAAGAAGGCUGCGGAGGCGGAGGGCGGUUGCGGCGCUGAGGAAGGCCAGGAGCUGAACGCCAGUGCCCAGCACGAGAUGGCCAGCGCCGACGAGAGAUCGGAGGCGGAGAAGGAGAUGCAGGAUGCGAAGGCCGCGACUAGCCAGGCCAAGGCUCUGGACAGCAAGGACGCGAAGGCGGUGGCCGCUGCUUGGGCCGCCCAGAAGAAGGCAGAGGAGGAUGCCAAGGCCGCCGAGGCCGCCGCGGACGAGAAGGCUGCGAAGGCGUCUGCGGCGCUGAGGAAGGCCCAGGAGCUGAACGCUAGCGCCCGGCACGAGAUGGCCAGCGCCAGCGCCGAGAAGUCGGAGGCGGAGAAGGAGAUGCAGGAUGCGAAGGCCGCGACUAGCCAGGCCAAGGCUCUGGACACUAAGGACGCGAAGGCGGUGGCCGCUGCUUGGGCCGCCCAGAAGAAGGCAGAGGAGGAUGCCAAGGCCGCCGAGGCCGCCGCGGACGAGAAGGCUGCGGAGGCGUCUGCGGCGCUGAGGAAGGCCCAGGAGCUGAACGCCAGUGCCCAGCACGAGAUUGCCAGCGCCGACGCCGAGAAGUCGGAGGCGGAGAAGGAGAUGCAGGAUGCGAAGGCCGCGACUAGCCAGGCCAAGGCUCUGGACAGCAAGGACGCGAAGGCGGUGGCCGCUGCUUGGGCCGCCCAGAAGAAGGCAGAGGAGGAUGCCAAGGCCGCCGAGGCCGCCGCGGACGAGAAGGCUGCGGAGGCGUCUGCGGCGCUGAGGAAGGCCCGAGAGCUGAACGCCAGCGCCCAGCGCGAGAUUGCCAGCGCCGGCGCCGAGGAGUCGGAGGCGGAGAAGGAGAUGCAGGACGCAAAGGCCGCGACCAAGAAGGCCGCCGCGGCACAGCGCAUGGACGCGAGCGCUACGGCCGCGGCGAAGGCCGCUCGCGCCAAGGCGCUGGAUGAGAUUGCUGGGGCUGCGGCGGCCAAGGCCGAAGCCGCGAAGCAGGCAGCCCACGCCAAGGCCGAGGAUGCCAGAGCGUCGGCCGCAGAGGAGGAAGCGCACGCCGCGGAGGCCAACGCCACGGAGGAGUCCAAGGCCGCCGAGUCCCGGAGCGCCGCCGCGCGCCGCGAGAUGGCCGGGGCGAAGGCGCUGGAGUCUUCGGCGGAGGCCGCCCGCGCCCAGGCCCAGGAGGAGAUCGAUCGCGCCGAGAGCGUGACCGCGCAGGCCCACAAGGACGCCGCGGCGGCGCGCGCCGCGCGGGAGGCCGCGGAGAGGGCCCGCGCGACCUCCGAGGCGAGCGCCCACCGGCUGCGCGACGAGGCUGCGGCCGACGAGGCCCGGGCGCGCCGCGAGUCCGCCGCGGCGAACGCCACGAGCGAGGAGGCGAGGAAGGAGAUGGCGGCCGCCGCCCAGGCCCAGCAGGCCGCGAAGGCCCUGCGCGGCGCAGCGCGGAGGCAGGCGGACCAGGCCCGCGAGGCCACUGAGAAAGCGGGCGCGGAGGCGUCGUCCGCGGAGGCCGCCCAGCGCGAGGCGCAGCGCGAGGUCUCGAACGCCACUGACGAGGCGCGGCACGCCGAGGAGGUCAGGGUGCAGGCGGAGAAGGAGAUGGCCAUGGCCAGACUGAUUGACCAGCGCGCGCAGCAGCAGCAGUCGGAGGCCGAGGCCGAGCAGGCGGCCGCCGCCAACGCCACGAGGGCCGCCAGCAAGAAGGCCGCCGAGGCCGCGCGCGAACAGAGCGCCGCCGCCGCCGAGGCGGCGUCCGCGAAGCGCGUCGAGGCCCAGACGCAGAAGGAGGCGGCGGCCGACCGGGCCGAGGAGGCGCGCAUCGACGCCGAGACGCUCAGGGACAGGGCGUACCAGAACCAGUCGCAAGCCCUGCGGAGGCAGGCCGAGCAGGAUCUGCAGGCUUCGCACCAGCAGGAAGAGAAGGCCGCCGCGACGAAGGCCGCCGCAGACGAGCAGAAGGCAAGCGCCGACAAGGAGGUCGAGAAGGCCGAGGCGGAGAUGCAGAAAGCGCAGCACCUGCGAGAUCAGACGUCAAAGGCCUACUCCGCCGCGAAGUCGUACGAGGCGCAGGCACGACAGGACGAGGAGCAGAAGGCCGCUGAAGAAGCCAAGGCAAAGCGGGAGAUCGCAGAGGCCAAGGGCGUGAUCAUUGAGAACAAGUACCUCGCAAUCGCACUCUGGUCUCUGGUGGCAAUUGCCUGGGUCGCGGUGACUUUCUUCGUGUGCACGGGCCGCCGCUUGCAGCAGAAGAACCGCGAACAGAUGGGCACCAUCUUGGCCCUGAACCAGGAGAAGGUGGAAAUCCAGCGGAAGCUGGAGAAGCAGAUCGGGCAGCCCGUAGUCCGCUGCCGUACUGGCGACCUGAGCGAACCUCUCCUGAAUGUCCCGGAGAGCUUCGCGCCAGGCUCCUGAGCAGGAGAGGCUCGUGUGCCAGUCCGCGUGCAUCGUCCCUGGCACGGUCACAGUUUUGGACCCCAUCGUCCUGUCCCAUCCUGGCCGUUUUCUGCUCCUUCGCUCGUCGCUUUUUUGAUCCCCCGUGUCACAUUUGUGGAUUUUCAAGCUCAGCAGCUGCACAUCGCGGCAGAGCCUAUAGAUUCCAUCACGGUACGCUGUGUUUGAAUUGCAGAUUGCGACGCCCCUGCUCAGUCUCGGCCUCCACCGCACGUGCGCCAUCGCAUGCAACCUCCUGGCCCAUUUUCAUGCCCUCCCUGCGCUGUCUGCCGUCCAGCUGAACACGGCGCUAGUUGGCCUGCCUGGGCGUGCAAAAUUUUCACGCCAAGUUUUCAGUGUACGAGAUCCUUCGGACUCGAAGAGGUCGUGCCUUGAAGUGCAGGGCGGACGAACCGCACCCCGGCGAGGGCAGGAGGCGAGGCCGCUGCCGUGCAGACGCGGCAGCCCGCGCGGCUUCCACCGAGCCGCGCGUGCUGGCGGAGCUCCCUCGCGGGCCCAGCGCCCGGCAGGCUCGGCUUCGCAGCCGCAGAGGUCACGCGCGCUCGCUCUUACUCUCGAGAGCUCGUCGUGGAACGCCAAUUUUAGCCCAGUGGCAGCGCGCGCGCGCGCCCUCUUUGCACAGUUUCGAGGCUCUGGCGCAGGGUUGCGCGCAGGGCUGGCCUUUCGCCGGGCUCCGUUCCGUCGCGCUGCGCGAGCGGGUACGUGAGAAA